GCUGGGAGAGGGAGCCAGGCCAAGUUAGGCGGCAUGGAAUUAAAUCAAAAUUAUAAAAAUCGAUUUCUGCCGCAUUAUUUACGUCUCUUCUUUCUACAGUGAAUAACUCGGUAUGGAUAUCAUCCAAUUAGGUUUCAAGCUUAUCUUCUUUUUAACAAUGGCCGAAAGAACUGAAAUAGUUGAGUAAAUAUUGUUAUUACGACGCACUCGUUGGUUGUAAACUGAAAACCGGAAUGGACGCCUUAAACCUUCAGCUCAUCACGUUCAAUGUGGGUGAAUUCCUGCCGGGACCAGAAACUGAUAUUGCUCGGCUGAUUCGUAAUCCUACUCCAGAUUUAGUCCUGAUUGGACUCCAAGAGGUUCGAAGUGGAGCUCAGGAACUGCUGAUUGAACAGCUUCUGGUCGGAGAAGAUGCUUGGUCCAGGGAAACUAGACAAACCCUCUCUUCUCUAGGGUUUAUUAAAGUCAGAAGCAUCAAGUUGAUGGGUCUAGUCCUCCUACUGUUCUGCCUGGAGAAACAUGUACCGUACCUUCGUGGACUUGAAACACAGUACACCAGGUACAUAUAUAAAGAUAUAAUUAGGUUUCAGAUCUACGGUGUAUCUGUUUGUGUCCUGAACAGUCAUCUAGCAGCACAUGAUCAUAAUAACCAGGCUAGAAUAGAGAGUUACAACACAGUUCUAGGAUCACAUACCUAUACUUCUCCUAACACAGAGUUGAUAAUGUAUCACGAUUAUGUUUUCUGGAUGGGAGAUCUUAAUUUCAGACUUGAAAUGAACAGCUUCAGCUUCCAGGAGAUAGAAGACCUGGUGUCGAAGGGAGUAUUGAGUAAACUACUGGGUGAAGACCAGUUGUCCGGUGCUCGAAGUUCUGGUCAAGCUUUCAGUGAACUUGAGGAGAACCAGCCAUCCUUCCCUCCUACAUUCAAGUAUAAGGUUGGAACUGGUGUAUUCGACAGUAAGCGCCGUCCUGCUUGGACGGAUCGUAUCCUGUUCAAGGUGAACAAGGGGAACUACGACAACCUUGAGCUCUCCCUGCACCAGGAGUCUUACACGUCCCACCCUGAGUUCCUGGAGUCUGACCAUAAACCCGUCUCAUCCUCCUUCAAGUUAUCCGUGUUCUCCAGUAAACUGGCGGAGGAGCUCCUAGUCCAGUGCUUUCAUCCAAUAGUCAGAUUUCAUACAGAAGAUGUAUAUUGUGGAGAGGAUAAUACCAUCGUGUACUCUGUUAAUGUUAAAGAUUGGAGAUAUUUGAAGGCUUGGGACUGGAUAGGAGUAUACAAGGGGGAGGAGGCUAGUUUUCAGGAUCAUAUUGGAUUCCUCUGGGCUCCCUCCAGUCCAACUAGGCAGGAGGCAUUCCAGCUAUCCUUCGAUGAUUCUAUAUUUAUCAGAAGUGGAGCAUACAGACUUGUUUAUUAUUCUGCGGAGUCAAAAGACAUUCUCGGGAUCAGUUCUAUUUUUCAAGCUAGGGUUCGUGAACUAGGACCUGAGGUUGGUGUAGAAGCCACUGAAGAACUAUAACAGAAGAAUAUUGACGGGACUAACAUAGUAUUUUAAUUUAUCUCUAGUCAAGGAGAGAGCUAGUAGAGAUCGGAGAAUAUUUAAACAGUAAGCUACUAUACCACUCUCUCCUGAUAUAUCAACUGAUAUACAGAAAAUGAAUCUGGUUUUUUGACUUUAUGUCUAAUGGAAAAGUAGUUGAACUAGCUAAGGUUAGUUAAACUACGUCUCAACCAAAUCCUUCUUGUUCAUUAAGUCUUAACUCAGACCAUUUUAUGGACACUAGAUCUGUGUCCUGUUCUGUCUAUUAAUUAUGCAGUAUGAACUAAUUAGUGCCUUAGCUAGGAACAGAUUUUUUCCGAAGAGUCUUCAUAGACUUUCCAAAUUCAAAAGGUUUCGCAUCAGCGUAACCAUGAAUAAUUCAAGUUCGGAUAUAUCCCCUUCCUGUACCUCUAAUCUUGCUAACAAAUGCAAAGGAAAAUUUUUGAUGUAUGUUUAAAAACUAGUUGUUAUGGUUAUAUAUUUAUGAAAAUUUAUUGACUUGCUGGGAAAAUUGUGAUAUUUCUAAUUCUAAGCCCAAGUCUGCUAAACUGGGAUUAAGUUACGUAACAAAUCCUGUAAUCCUAAAAUCUAAACUUAACCCCGGUUUUGUGGCAUUAUCAUCAGACUCUGAUUGCAUGGGUUGUGAAAUAACAAAUAUAAAUUAUAUUAUAUGAUUACAGA